GGUAAUGACACAAGCAGCUGCACUGACAGGAGAGCAUGACAGCUUUGACAUUUUCAUCGCGCACUCUGUGCACCGCGCCUCUUUUUUCUUAUUAACGCAAGCCUAGAAAUCAGAAGCACUCGAGACUCGCCCGCGCACAGGAUUACAUAUACACACACCUCUUCAUCCCAUGUUUAUAGGAUAUACCGAAGUCAGGGAAUCGACCAAGUGGGAGAACAGGAAUACGGGUUAGGUUAUACUUGUGCCUGCACCCAGCCGGAGAUGCCAGGACCUUACAGCCUUUUCGGCAUCAUGUAGAACAUGAUGCCCUGCAAGCCCGUGUUGAUAAGGAGGAGUGAAGUGGACGGAGUGAUGAAUACUUCCCUGACCGAAUCUUCAAAUGUUAAUGCCGGCAAGAUGGAGAAACAGACCUUGGUGACGGCUAUCAGUUUGUCCAUGAGCCUGGCAUCACUGGCACUUCUCAUCACCGCUAUCAUGACCGACCACUGGUACGAGACGGACACUACACGACACAGGCAGAACUGCGACCAGUUCGGGCCGGACGCCAACGACCAGAAGAACCGGCGGAUGCCCAUCUAUCACCUGCCCCUGAUGGACAGCAGCAAUCCUCGGAGGAACCAGGCGCUGCUCCGGGCGAUCCACGUCGGGAGUAGAGAGGAGGAGCUCCUGGAAAACUGGCGGUCAAUUUUGGGAAUGGGAAUUUUAGAAACGGAAUGCGGGCGGCCUCUUUUCUCCACUUACUCUGGACUUUGGAGGAAAUGUUAUUAUCUAGGAAAGGACAGGGACAUCGACAACCUCAUUGCCAAGGGUAUAGCCCAGCGAUGCAUCAACAUCAAGUACCAUUUCUCCCAGCCCAUCCGGCUCCGCAACAUCCCGCUCAACCUGACCCGCACCAUUCAGCAGGAUGAGUGGCACCUCUUACACCUGCGGCGGAUCACGGCGGGGUUUCUGGGUAUGGCAGCAGCCGUUCUGUUGUGUGGCUGCAUCGUGGCGUCUGUCAGCUUCGCCUGGGAGAAGAGUCUCACUCAGCACGUCUCUGGGCUGCUCUUUCUCAUGGCAGGGAUCUUCUGCACCAUCUCCCUGUGUACCUACGCGGCCAACGUGUCCUACGACCUGGCCAGGGUCCCUCCCUUCAUCUACGGGCUGCCCGCUGACGUGGAGCAUGGCUACAGCUGGUCCAGCUUCUGUGCCUGGCUCAGUCUGGGGCUGACAGUGGCGUCUGGAUGCCUGUGCACCACUUUCCCCAUUCUCAGCCAUAGCAACAGCAAAGCCCAGCAGGGCAAGGGAAAGGCUGCCCCCAAUGACUGUGUUUGACACACACCUUACUGCAUUUGAUAAACACUUUGCUGUGUGUUACACACACACACACACACACACACACACACACACACACACACACACACACACACACACACACACACACACACACACACACACACACACACACACACACACCUUGCCUCAGCUGCAGCAAGGGCCUACAGGCAGAGUCUAAGAUGUCUGUGUCUACUGUGUUUAAUGAGUCUGACAAACACCUCACAGCAUUUCACACCUCUUAUAGCAUCUUUCACAUCAACUCUGAGCUGCAGCAAGGGCCUACAGACCAACACCUUCAGACACCUGGAUGACUAACCCAUAAACAGCUGCAGCAGGCGGCUGGGACUAAUGCUGACUGCUGCAUUUUCAGUCUGAAAACACUUCUGCGUCAACCAUGCUUCCACUAGACCCUGCAUCUAAAUCGAGGUCACUUCCAUGGAGCAAAACGUCCUGGAAUUAUGGAACCAUAAUAUAUACAGUGAGCUCCAAAAGUAUUGGGACAGUGACACAUUUGUUGUUUUGGCUCUGUACCCCAGCACUUUGGAUUUGAAAUGAUACAAUGAC